CCCGCAGCACAGUCUCACCUCGACGCUCAGAUGGCGUGCGGCUGGUGCGAUCUUCUCGGAUAGCGAUGCGAUUGCGAGCGACACAAAUACACAGAGCAAUGCUUAGACAACGACUCUCGACUACUUCUUCCCCGACCUGUCCCACCGCGGAGUCAGCUGCAGUCAAACGGAGCGAUUCCGAGACAGACGUACUUCUUGAUGCCCCUCCGGGCGCACCGCCUUCCGGUCGCAGAAAACACCGUCGACGUCAGUACUAGCUCGGUACUCACCCGGGGUGGCAAACGCAGGGCCCACUCACCCUUAGCAGCUGCAGACCAGUCAGCACGGUCCUCGAGAGUCACUCAGCACGCAUACGCACCCUUGUCCUUCGCGGCCUUCAGCGCGGCCUCCUCCUGCUUCUUGCGCUCCUUGAACGCGAGGUCGUCCUCGUCCAGGUCUUUCUUCUCCUUCUUCGGAGCCUAGCAGCGAGCGGGUGUUAGUGAGACGCGCCGCCCGCGGGCGCAUCACUGCCUGCGCACCUUGAGUGGCUUGAGUUUCCCGCCUGCUCUGGUCGCCAUGGUCGGUGGUGUGUGGAAUGAAGAUGAAGAAGACCCGAG